CGGUUAGUGUAUGUAGGUGAUUCUCUGAAUAGAAAUAUCUGGGAGUCAAUGGUUUGUACUUGAGAAAUUCGGUUAAAGAUAAGAGCAAAGUCUUUGAAGCCUCUGGUAGAGAACAAUUCCGAACAGAGGGUUCAUACUCAUUUCUAUUCACAGACUAUAAUUUUUCAGUGGAAUUCUUUCGAUCUUCCUUUUUGGUUCAAGAAUGGGAAAUGCCAGACACAAAUGGAUCAACGAAAGAAACGCUUCGGCUUGAUCUCAUUGAGAGGUCAUCUGAUAGAUAUAAAAAUGCAGACAUCCUUGUCUUCAACACAGGACACUAGUGGACUCAUGAGAAAACAUCCCAAGGGAAAUCCUCAUGUCUUGCCGUAAGUCCAAGGGAACGCCCGUGUAUUGAGCUCACUAAGGCGCUCUGUUGUUCGUUCUGGACGAGAGACUAUAACCUGAGAUGGCCAAUUCGUUCUGGACGAGAGGCUAUAACCACCGAUCCCUCCUUGAGUUGAAUAUGCAUUCUUCUCUCUAUGGAAUUUUUUAAGUGAUUUAAGAGUUCAAUAAUUUUAUAUGGUACAAGUAGAUAAUAUGAAUUAUAUGUUGGCAUAGGGUCAUGGCUACAUUGUUUGUCUUCCUGGCAUUGUAUUUGGUUCUAUCUUCUCCAACAUCAUCUUCACCAUCUCAUAGCCUAAGUAAAAGCUCAUCUCUUUCCGUAGAGAAACCAGACCAUGUUUUGAUUUCACCCAACGGUGUAUUCUCAGCCGGUUUUCACCCUGUGGGUGUUAAUGCUUACAGCUUUGCCAUUUGGUUCACAAAAACAACACAGAAUCACACUACUGUAAUUUGGAUGGCAAACAGAGAUCAACCUGUAAAUGGAAGGCUCUCAAAACUCUCCCUACUCAAAGAUGGUAAUCUCAUCUUAACUGAUGCUAAUAACAGGUGGUCCAUCUUUUGGGCCACCAACACUGCAUCAUCAUCGUUGUCACUACAAUUGCAACUCCAAAACAGUGGUAAUCUAGUGCUCAAUGAUUUGGAGGGUGGUGUUAAUUUAUGGCAAAGUUUUGAUUCACCAACUGACACCCUUGUUCCUAAUCAAGUUCUCACAAGGUACACAGAACUUGUCUCCAAGAGGAGCGAGGCUAACCAUUCAUCUGGUUUCUACAAGCUCAUCUUCGAUCGUGAUAACGUGCUUCGUCUAGUCUUUGAUGGUCCUGAGACAUCUAGCAUUUACUGGCCUGACCCAUGGCUGUUGAGCAAUGAAGCUAACAGGUCAAGGUACAAUGACACCAGAAUUGCUGUGUUUGAUUCCUUGGGCCAUUUUAUGUCAUCUGAUCGAUUUGAGUCUAAAGGGGCUGAUUUUGGGAGAGGGCCUAAGAGAAGAUUAACACUUGAUUUUGACGGUGAUCUUCGAUUGUACAGCUUAGAAGAGACCAGUGGGAAUUGGGUUGUUUCAUGGCAAGCCAUGUCAAGACCGUGUAGGAUUCAUGGAGCUUGUGGACCCAACAGCAUAUGCAAUUUUGAUCCAAGUUCUGGUAGAAAAUGCUCUUGCCUCCCUUGGUUCAAGAUGAGAAAUCCUAAAGAUUGGUUUGAUGGAUGUGAACCAGAAUUCAAUCUCUCGUGCAAUGGUGGUAAUCGAAGUCCAACCACCUUCCUAAAACUCCCUCAUACUGAUUUUUAUGGGUAUAACAUCCACAUCCUACGAAAUUACACUUUAGAGAGGUGUGAGAAGAAAUGCUUGGAGUCGUGUAAUUGCAAAGGGUUCCAUUACAGAUUUAAAAAGGACAAUGGAGUUUACGACUGCUACACUAAAUGGGCAUUUCGUAAUGGACACCAUUCGCCUAAUUUUGUUGGAACGCUGUAUGUGAAAAUGCCCAAUGCUCUCAUGUCCAUCAUUCAUGAAAAAGAGCCUCUUUUUACAUAUUUCAAAUUCAAAUGGAAUUGCUCAGGCCAGGCCAUGAAGCAGCUGAAUAGAACUUAUGAGAAGAGGAAUCAAAAUGGUUCGUGGGAACAAUUGCUUUGGUUUGCUUGUGUAUUGGGAGUGUUGGAGAUGAUCACCGUCUCUUUGGUAUCGUGUUAUUUGUACAGAACCCAUAAAAACUCUCUUGCAAAGCACGAAUACUACUUCCCCAUAGUCGCUGCAACAGGAUUCAGAAAAUUCAGCUACGAGGAACUAAAAAAGGCAACAAGAGGUUUCAGGGAAGAGAUAGGAAGAGGGGGAGGAGGAGUGGUAUACAAAGGUGUAUUUCCAGAUAAUCAUGAUCAUCGUAUCGCAGCAAUCAAGAAGCUCAACCAAGCUAAUUGCCCAGGAGAGGAAGAAUUCCUAGCUGAAGCAAACACAAUUGGGAAGUUUAACCACAUGAACUUGAUAGAGAUGUGGGGGUAUUGCGCGGAGGGGAAGCACAGGCUUUUAGUGUACAAGUAUAUGGAACACGGGUCCUUGGCAGACAACUUGUCUUCCAAUACACUUGAUUGGGAGAAAAGAUUUGAAAUUGCUUUGGGCAUUGCAAAAGGCCUUGCUUACUUGCAUGAAGAGUGCCUGGAAUGGGUCUUGCACUGUGAUGUAAAGCCCCAAAACAUACUCCUGGACACAAAUUUCCAGCCAAAGGUAGCAGACUUUGGCCUAUCAAAGCUGGUGAACAGAGGCAGUGUUAAUUCCAAUUCCAACUUCUCCUCUAGGAUAAGGGGGACUAGAGGUUACAUGGCUCCUGAGUGGAUUUUCAGUCUCCCAAUCACCUCCAAAGUUGAUGUUUAUAGCUAUGGAGUGGUGGUGUUAGAGUUGGUGACUGGAAAGAACCCAACAACCGGUUUUAACUCCCUCUGCAAUAGAGGGAUGGAAGAGACAACGUGGGUAAAGUGGGUUAUGGAGAAGGUGAUGAACAGAGGUUCUCCAAUGACAUUGUGGGUUGAUGAAAUCGUAGAUCCUUUGCUGAAUGGUGCAUAUGAUGCCGGUAAAGUGGAAAAACUGGUUGAAGUGGCUUUGCAAUGCCUAGAGGAAGAAAAAGAUGCAAGGCCAACCAUGACAUGGGUAGUAGACAUGCUUCAACGGUAACAAAAUUGAUUAUUAGCAGCCAAUUAAGGCAGCCCCCAACAGUUGGAAUAUACGCUGGGCAAAGCAUGGCUAUGAUAAAUGGGUGGAUGAGAUCAAUUGGGCUGUGCAGCAUUGUACUAAGAAUUUUUCUUUGAAGUGUUCUGUCUAUAAGCUCUCCAUAGAUACAAUAAUUUAUCAUUAGUAUUCGUAUUCUAUAGUGUAGGUCAAGGUCAUUAAGGGAUUCUACCGAACACGAGCCAUCUGUGAGUAAUUUUAUUGUAAUGUUAUGUUAAAAAUUGAUUUGAAAAGCUUAUGAAUGUUAUAUGGCUUAUGAAAUUUCUAUUCUAUCUCUAAAUGAAUAAAUGUCCUCUAUUUUACUUAAAAUUAUUAAUGGCAUCCUUAGAUUAGUCCUAAGUCAUGGAGGACGGCAACAUGGUCCAUGACCUAUUUGAGAUCUCUUGGCCACCAGAGGAUGUGGCAUUGUUUAAUUGGUACCCGAGCCGUUUAUUCCAUUAAGUAGUCCUAAUGGAUGUACCAUGCAUCAUGCUUACUUAUGAAAUGUCUGAAUGUAAAUAGAAUUAAACCUUUGUUAUGAACUUGGAAUUCAUUCAUUACCACCUUACAA